AUUUAUUAUGUCUCCAUCUGUUGCUACAAUUCCUACAACCAUGUCAGGUUAUGACAACGAAGGCACUGCCACUGAAUACUCUAAGCGUAAAGCCCUUGGUCUCACCGGUCUAUUACCUUCUCGUGUUGAAACAUUGGACAUCCAAAGACGUCGUGCUCUUCAACAAGUGCGAUCAAAAUCGACUCCUCUAGAAAAAUACAUAUUUUUGGCCCAGUUGCGAUCAUCCAAUACUCGACUAUUCUAUAAAUUGAUUAUGGACGACUUACAAGAAUUUGCCCCCAUUAUCUAUACGCCUACAGUAGGUACUGCAUGCAUUGAGUAUUCCAAUAUCUAUCCUUUCCUUGCUGCUCCUGGUAUGCCUGACGGUCUGUACAUUGACUCGACGGAUCUGAAUAACCUAAAGGAAGUCAUUCUUAAUUACCAGCCUGUACCUAACUUUGAUCCUGAAAUCGCAGUCAUCACAGACGGCUCACGUAUUCUUGGUCUAGGCGAUCUUGGCUCAAACGGUAUUGGUAUCAGUAUCGGCAAGCUUCAGUUGUACGUUGCUGGUGCUGGCAUUGAUCCUCGUCGUACACUGCCUAUUGUACUAGACUUGGGCACCAAUAACGAGAAAUUGCGCAACGACGAAUUUUAUUUGGGCCUUCGUAAAUCACGUCCUAGUGAUGAUGAAUUUUAUAGCAUUGUAGAUACUGUACUUGAAACCCUUCAUUCCGUAUACCCUCAAUUACUCAUUCAAUUUGAAGAUUGGUCUAGUGAGCAUGCGUUUGGUCUAUUAGAGAAAUACCAACACAAACUACUCUGUUUCAAUGACGACAUUCAAGGUACAGGUGCUGUCAUCCUUUCAGGUGUUAUCAAUGCCAUACGUCGAGUACAGCAAGAAUCUCAUGUGGAUCCUCGUGACCAUCGCAUCGUCUUUUACGGUGCAGGUUCAGCAGCCAUCGGUGUUGCUCGUCAGAUCCAGACAUACUUUGAAGCCGAACUUGGAAUGACAGAAGAAGAAGCAAGAAAAGUGUUUUGGAUUGUAGAUUCCAAAGGCCUUGUCACACUAGAUCGAGGUGAUCGACUUGCCCAACACAAGGUAUAUUAUGCACGACAAGACAAUGACGGUCAGCAAUUCAAGGAUUUGAUGGAUAUUAUAAACCAUGUCAAACCCACAGCUCUCAUCGGUCUUUCUUCCAUUCCAGGCGCCUUCCACAAACAAGCGUUGGCACGAUUAGCCGAACUAAAUGAGCAACCGAUUGUCUUUCCAUUAUCGAAUCCAGCAACGCAAGCCGAAUGUACAUUUGCAGAGGCAAUGGAAGCUACUGAAAAUCGAGUGAUCUUUGCUUCUGGUACUGCAUUUCCUAGUUACACGAUCCCAUCCACAGGCCAAGUCUGUAUUCCUGGCCAAGGAAACAACAUGUAUAUAUUCCCUGGCUUAGGGCUUGGCGCCGUAUUGGCACAACCAAAGCAUAUCUCUGAUAAAAUGAUCUAUGCUGCUUCUAAGGCACUUGCUGAUUCAUUAACUUCUGAAGAAAUUCAUCAAAAGUGGCUUUACCCGUCACUUGUCCGUAUCCGCGAAGUAUCGAAUGCAGUUGCAACUGCAGUCAUUGAAGAAUCCAUACAUGAAGGUCUCUCAGAGAAUGAAACACUCAAGGAUCUCACACAUGAAGAAUUAGUAGACUAUGUAUCCAAUAACAUGUGGUCUCCAGUCAAUGAAACGUAUGGUAUCGUUGACGCGUCUAUUUAAAUAAAAUAAAAAUGCUUUAUUUACACAAGAAAUAAUAGCAAUGGGUUUCAAGUGAUUUUCUAUCAUGUGAAUCAUGUGUGUGUGUUUGCCUGCUUAUCUCUUUAAGAAAAAAAAUGACAAAUGUCUCGCUUUUAAAAAGA